AUGUAUAUCAACAAGCUCACCGCCGCAGGGCUGGCUCUCGCCAGCGUCACAAUGACCGGCGACACCGUUGCCAAGGGCCGCGUCCUCGACUUUGCGGUCGAAAAGUGCCUCGACAGCGACGGCAACGUACGCUGCUCCAAGCCGUUCCCCGUCAAGGAAGGCGGCUGCUACAAGCUCGAGUGGUCGACCAAGGGCGCUCUUUCACACACGACGAUUGAGGUCAAGGAUGCGGGAAGCGGCGAGAUGGUCUACUACAGAGAUACGGAUGGCAAGUGGAAGCCCAAGAAGAAUGAGCUGGUAUAUCUGGACUUCAAGCCCAAAAUUUGGGGGCAAGGGAACGAGACUGUUGAUUACGAGGUGACGAGGUGCGAUGAUGAUAACGAGUUGUGA